AUGGGGAGUGAUAUGAGGUAUGGUGGUUGUGGGGGUUUAGGGGUUGUGGUGAUGGGGGAUGAGAGGGUUGGUUGGGGAUGGGGGGUGGGUGGUUGUGUGGGGGUGGGGGUGGGUGUGUGUGUGGUGUUGGGGGGGGGUGGGGGUGUGGGGUUGGGGGGGGGUGGGGGGGGGGUGGGGGGGGGGUGUGGGGGGGUGGGGUUGUGGGGUUGUGUGGUUGUGGGGUUUGUGGGGUGUGGAGGGUGUGUGUGUUUGGGGGGGGGGAGGGGUUGGAGAGGGUGUGUGGGGGGGUAUUUUUUGGGGUGUUGGGGGUGUUGUGUUUGGGUGUGUGUGGUGUGGUGUGGGGUUGUUUGGGGGGGGGGGUGGUGUGGGGGUUGGGUGGGGGGGUUGGGUGUUGGUGUUGGGGGUGUGGUAGGGGGGUGUGUGGUUGGGGGGGGUUUGUUUUGUUUUUGUGGUGUGGUUUUUGGUUGGGGUGUGUUUGGGUUGGGGGUUGUUGUUUGUUUGGUUGGGUUGGGUUUGGUGUUUGUGUUGUUGUUUUUUUUUGUGGGUAUUGUUGUUGGUGUGGUGUUGUUGGGUUGUGGGGUGGGGGGUUUUGGGAUGAUAGUGGGGGGGUGUUGUGUUGUGGUUGUUGUGUGGGGGGGGUGUGUUGGGUUGUGGGUUUGUUUGUGUGGUGGUGUGGGGGGUUGUGGUGUGUUGGGGUGGUGGGGGGGUGGGUUGGGUGGGGGUGGUGGGUGGUGGGUGUUGGUGGGUGUUUGGUGGGGGUGUGUUGGGGGGGGGUUGGGUGGUGGGUGGUUUUGUGGUUGGGGGGUGGUGAUUUUGUGUUUUGUUGGUGUGUUUUUUUUUGGUGUUUGUGUUGGGGUGGUUGGUUUGUGUUUGGUUGUGUUGGGUGGUGUUGGUGGGUGUGGGGGGUGGGGUGUGUUGGUGGGUUGUUGGGGUGUGGGGGGUGUGGGGUUGGGGUUUGGGGGGUUGUUGUUGUGUGGGGGGGGGGGGGGGUGGGUGUUGGGGAUGGGUUGUUGGGGGGGUGGUUGGUGUGGGGGUGGUGUUGGGGUGGGUUGGGGGGUUGGUGGUUGUUGGGGGGUGUGUGGGGGUGGGGGGGGUAGGGUGGGUGGUGGGGGGGAUGUGUGGGGUGGUUGUUGUUGUGGCGUGGUGUUGGGGGGUGGGGUGGGGGUGUGGGGGUUUGGUUGGGGGUGUGGGUUGUGGGGAGGGUGGGUGUGGGUUGGUUGGGUUGUUGGGGUGGUUGUGGGAUUUGUGGUUGUGGAAUGGGGGUGGGUGGGGGGGGGGGGGUUGUGUUGGGGUUGGUGGGGUUGUGUUUGGGGUUGGGGGGGGGGGGUGGGGUUUGUUUGUGGUGGUGGGGGGUUUUGGUUUGUUUGUGGGGGGGGUGGGGUGUGGGUGGUUGUGUGGGGGGGGUUGAUUAUUUUUGAGGGAUGUGUGUUGUGGGGGGGUGUGUGUUGUGGGUUGGGGUGUUGGGUAUGGGUGAAUUGGGAUUUUUUGUGGUGUGAGGGGUUGGUGUUGUGGGUUGGUGGGGUUUGGGGGGGGGUGGGUGUUGGGGGGGUGGGUUGGGUGGGGGAGGUGUUGGUGGUUUGGGGUGGUGUGGGUUUAGUGAGUGGAUGGGGUUGGGUGGUGGGUUGGGUUGUGGAUGGUGUGGGUGGGUUUGGGUGUGGUUUGAGGGGGUGUGGUGUGUUGGGGGUUGUGGGGGUUGGGGUUGUGUGGGGUGUGGGGUGUGGGUGGUUGUGUGUUUGUUGGUUUGUUGGUGUUUGGGUUGUUGUGUGUGUUUGUGGUGGUGUUUUUGGGUUGUUGUGUGUGGGUGGUGGGGUUUGUGGGUUGGUGGGUGGUUGGGGUGUUGUUGGGUGGUUGUGUGGGGGGUGUGGGUUUAGGUGUGUUGGGGUGGUGUGGUGGGUGUUGGUGUGGUGGUUGUUUUUGGGUGUUGUGGGUUGUGGUGUGGGGGUGGGUUUGGGGGGUUGGGGUAUGGUGGUGUGUUUGUGUGAGGGUUUGGGGUUUGUGGGGGUUGGUGUUGAGUGUUUUGUUGUAGGUGGGUGGGGUGGGGGGGGUGUGGGUGGUGUGUGGGGUGGGUGGGUGGGGUGGGGGGGGGGUGUGGGGUUUGUUGUGUGGUUAUUGUGGAGUAGUGGGGGGGAUGGGGUUUUGGGUUGGGUUGGGUUGGGAUGUGUGGUGGGGGGUUAG